AUGAGCCGUGCCGGCCUCCUGCCAGGCGCCGGCGUGGGCUUCAACGGCGGCCUGACCAGCAGCUUUGACAACUUUGGCAACCCCGUCGUCAACCAGGGCGGCCGCGGCCAGAUCUUCCGCCGCCUGGGCGAGCAGGGCGCCGCCUCUGCCAACGCCAACAUCAUGGCCAUCGACGGCGACACGACCGGCUUUGCCCCCUCUGACGGCGCCCGCAUCACCAACUCUGGCGGCAUGACCACCUUCACCAGCGCCGGCGUGGGCUUCAACGGCGGCCUGACCAGCAGCUUUGACAACUUUGGCAACCCCGUCGUCAACCAGGGCGGCCGCGGCCAGAUCUUCCGCCGCCUGGGCGAGCAGGGCGCCGCCGGCUUGACCUCCUUCACCAGCGCCGGCGUCGGUUUCACCGGCGGCCUCACCACCAGCUUUGACAACUUUAACAAUCCCAUCUACAACCCGGGCGGCCGCGGCUUCACCACCAGCUUUGACAACUUUAACAACCCCAUCUACAUCCCAGGCGGCCGCGGCCUGACCACCAGCUUUGACAACUUUAACAACCCCAUCCACAACCAGGGCGGCCGCGGCACCAUCUUUUGA